AUGGCUCCAUCACUUAAGAUUGUAAUUGAUAAGGUCUUUUCUAGAUAUAACUUGAGCAUGUCUAGAUCGAGAGGACAAUAUUAUAAUGGGACAAUUAAUAUGCAAGGUAGGUUUAAUGGUCUCAACGCACUCAUUUUAAAGGAGAAUUCAUUUGCCUUUUACAUUCACUGUUUUGCUCAUGAACUCCAACUAGCUUUUGUAGUUAUGGCAAAGAAGAACAUUCCUAUUACUAAUACUAAAUUCUUUUGUGUGCUUGGUGAUGUGGUAAAUAUUGUUGGAGCAUCUUCUAAACGUUGUGAUCAUCUUCAAGAAAAACAAUCAGACUUUAUUGUUAGGGCAUUAGAAAAAGAUGAGAUUUUAAGUGGACGGGAACUUAAUCAAGAAACAACCUUUCAAUGUUUAGGUGAUACACGAUGGGGUUCGCAUUAUAAUUCUUUGGUCAGCUUACUUGCCAUGUUCUCUUCUGUUAAUGAUGCACUUGCAAUGAUUAUUAAGAUGAAUCUUGUUCUUAUGAUCAAAUAUCUACUGAUGGGAAGUGUCUUGGGGAUGUCAAAUGAACUGUCAAAGGCAUUGCAAAUGAAAGAUCAAGAUAUUGUGAAUGCAAUUAGUAAAAUUGUGCAAACGACAACUCCAGAUAAUGAUUGA